ACGAACAUUCAUGGAGGCCCUUGCUCGGGGAAGGACGCAGCGGCCAACAAAUGUUAUGGCGUACCCCGUAUUGUGACCAAAGUCAAGGAAUACCGGCACCUUAAACCCAACAAUACCAUUGUCAUUGAUGCCGGUGACCAGUACCAAGGAACGCUGUGGUUCUACUGCUUCCGGGGAAAUGUGACCGCGGAGUUUGUCAACUUACUCAACUACGACGCAAUGGCGUUGGGCAACCAUGAGUUCGACCGAGGCAUAAGUGGGCUACGCCCCUUUCUGGAGGAAGUCACAGUACCCGUCCUCAGCGCAAACAUCAACGCAAGUUUGGAACCAAGCAUCCAGGGGCUGUUCCACAAGAGCACCGUGGUGACCAUAGGAGGUCAGAAGAUCGGGGUCAUAGGCUACACCACCACGGACACCCCGUCAAUAUCAAAAACUGAAAAACUGAUAUUCGAUCCCAUCAUUCCCCACAUGAAGGCGCAAGUUGACGCCAUGAAGACUUCUGGUAUCAACAAGAUUAUUGCUCUUGGCCAUGCCGGCUAUCAGUUUGACCGGAAGAUGGCGCAGGAGGUGGAAGGCCUGGAUAUUGUUGUCGGUGGCCACAGCCAUUCUUUUCUGUACACAGGUACACCCCCAUCAAUAGAGAAGCCCGUGGGUCCGUAUCCAACCAUAGUAACACAAGCCUCGGGGGCAAAGGUCCCAGUGGUACAGGCCUACUGUUACAGCAAGUACAUUGGACAUAUAGAACUGGAAUUCGACGACGAUGGAAAUGUUGUGGCAUGGGAAGGGAGGCCAAUACUUCUAGAUAAAGACACACCACAAGAUGCGGAAACCCUGUUGAAGAUGGAGCCUUGGGCUAAAGCCGUGAACUCGUCCGCCCUGGCGGUUGUCGGUGCAACUGACGUCUUCCUCCAGGGGGAUGAACACGACUGCCGCAAAGUAGAGUGUAGCCUGGGCAAUGUCUACACAGACGCUAUGAUCUACAAGUUCCUUCAGCUUGAAAAAUCCCACGAGGACUACUGGACUUCCGUUCCUAUAGCUCUCUGUAAUGGAGGGGGGAUACGUUCGCCAAUUGACGUUGGCGAAAUUACAAUGAAAGACGUGUUAUCCGUGCUACCAUUCAUGAACGAUAUCGACCGGAUCAAGCUGAAGGGAGAGUUCCUUCUGCAGGCCUUGGAACAUUCCGUGUCCAGGUAUCCGAAGUCUGAAUCUGACGACCUUUUUGGCGGCUUCUUACAAGUUUCAGGUUUGGUAGUGACAUAUGACGUCAGCAAACCAGUUGGCAGCCGAGUGGUUGAUGUCAAAGUACGCUGUUCCAACUGCACAGUUCCCAGGUUCGAUCCCCUUGACAAAGAAACGUUGUACACCGUUGCACUGCCGACCUUCACAUCUGACGGGGGCGACGGCUACACCGUCAUACUCAACAACAGGAUACAAAUGCCACCAAUUGGGGCUCUUGACUCGGAUGUAUUUGUCAACUAUGUGAAGAAAUUUUCUCCCUUGACCCAGGGUGUAGAAGGCCGUAUUCGUUUUGUGACGGAACCAGAUUGUGGCGUGAAUGGUGGCAUCGUAACUUCCGCAAAGCUAUCAGUCAUCGUUAGUGUGAUAUUGAUACUUAUGUGUAAUUACCUUUAGUUGAACCAAGGUGCAUUCUCUUCAGUGACAUUGGAAAUCCUGAGAAAACAUGAGGAACAUGAGUGUCACAAAUGUAAUUUACUAAACCGGAAUUCCUCGUUA